GCGUGUCUUUAUUAUUGCUUGUUUUGUAGCAGUAUUAUGUAGCACUAGUCAUUAUUUUUAGGCAAUAAAAGAUACCAUUUUUAUUUAUUUUUAAAAUCCCAAAACAGUGGUGGUAUAUAUAUUAAUGGAAUAGGAGACUGGAAGAGGCCUUGUGGGUAGCCAAGAAAGGAUUGGUAUUUCUAUUUUGCUUUGUAGGGAGAGUAGAAUCAAUCCCACAAGUGAGGGGAAGAGGGGGAGGGGGGAACAUACCCAAUUUCUUCCCAACAGCUUUGUCCAUUGUUCCUCCUAGCAUUGGCAGCAGAUCCUAAAGUGCUUCUUUGACUCUGAAUUAACAAAUUGUUGUCCAUGAACUGUGGUGUAGAGGUCGAUGAGGAUCAACAUAUUUGCAUUGGGUUGUGCCGAUACAAUACCCUUUUAUGUAUGUUAAAACACUGUUUCGGCGAACACAGAAGGUGAAGCAAUUCGAUUUCUGAAUUCUGUUAAUAGCUCGCCUAUCUUACUGAGAAAUAACUCUAAUGGGAAAGACAAGUUCGGUGGAACAAAGUGCUUCCUCAGAAUCCGUGCACGACGAAGGCUAUGGGAACGUGAAUCAAGGGCAAGAUUUUCCGGCUGCUGCUCUGUUCACCAACAACCCCGAGCUGUCUGCAAAUGCUUCACAACACGAAAUAAACCAGCCAAUGUUCCCUUCUCAGAUGCAGUUCCCGUAUACUUACCCUGAUCCCUUCUAUGGUGGAAUGUAUACUUCCUACAACCCUCAUAGUAUGAUUCCUCAGGUGAUGGCGGCAUCCUCUGGCCGUGUCCCAUUACCUGUCGAUAUUUCUGAGGACGGUCCCAUAUAUGUCAAUGCCAAGCAGUAUCAUGGAAUUCUUCGGAGGAGGCAGACUCGUGCGAAGCUUGAAGCUCAGAACAAGCUUGUCAAAACUCGCAAACCAUACCUGCACGAGUCUCGCCACCAGCACGCUCUGAACAGAGUUAGAGGAUCAGGAGGGCGCUUUCUGAGCACAAAGAAGUCUCAGCAGUCCGACAUCCUCCCCCCGUCGAUCUCUCAAAGCAACACGACUCUGGAUCCAAUUCAGUUCGACCCUAAGAUGAACUCGAAUGAGAAUCACGUUGAAGCGAACAAGUAUAUGGCUCCUCCCAUGACUGAAGGCUUACAGAUCUCAUCUGUUGGUGUUCUUCAACACCAGCAGCAGGCAGAAGACAUAUUUUCGAAUGUGUCGUCUCACAUGACCUCUGUUCCUAUGCAAGGAAGCGGAGGCAGCAGUCUUGUCUAUAAUGGGAAUCGCCACUAUGCUUCCAUUGUCCGGUGAAUGAUGAGGUCGCCGACGGGCAAUUCAUCCUUGGCUUUGUUACUUAUGGUUCUUAAAGCUGUUGUUUACUCUCUUCUGCUUGUGCUGUGUUUGGAAAGUAUGAGAAAUAUUUGUUUGUGUACUUAUUAAGAUUGUCUUGUGUCUGCAUAGGGCAACUUGGAACUUUCUUUCAGUCUUUUAACUUAUAACUUUGGAUUAUUAUGCUU